AUGCCGGAUCCGCCGUGCCUAGUGCCUAGGCCUAUUGAUCGACCGAUAUCUAUUCGUGCCGUAGCCGCUAUAGGGCCCUAUCCUCGUCUACCCUUAAGUAAUACUAACUUACGCCUACCUAAGAUCUUCUCGAAUAACGCUUCCGACUCUAAUUCCUCUACUAUACCUAGCGUCUUCGAUUUAAGUAGCGAAUCCGAAUCCGAGUCUAAAGAUAAGUCCGAAGAUAAGCUAGCUUUAGAAGAUAAAGAGAAAAUAAAACGAGGUAGUAAGAUUACCGGCUUCGCGGAAGUCGCGAAGCUAUAUUAUCUCCGAUAUAGCGUAACCCUAUCGGCUUAA